AUGUCGACGAGCAAGACGGAAGGGCGCACGAACAACGCCGGGCCGUCCGCGGCGCCGAUCCCACGCGAUGCACGUCUCAUGUCGCUGAUUCUCGCGAGUAUGGGUAUCGAGGAUGCGGAGCCUGCGGUGCUCGUCCAGCUCAUGGAAUUCGCCAACCGGUACACCAGCCAAGUGCUGCAGGAUGCGCUCGUGUAUGCGGACCAUGCCGCAUCGCGCCAGGGGGGGAGCAACGUGUCGAUUGACGACGUGCAGCUCGCGAUCCAGAGCCGCGUGAACUACUCGUUCUCGCAGCCGCCGCCAAAGGAGAUGCUGCUUUCGCUCGCAUCGUCGCUCAAUAGCGUGCCGCUCCCGCCAGUGUCGAACCGCCACGGUAUCCGCCUGCCGCCGCCGGAGCACUGUCUCGUGAACGUCAACUUCUCGAUCGUGCCGGACGCGCCAGAGACGACGUUUGGCGACUCGAUCAUCCCGCCAGAGCCGCAGCAACACGAGGGCACGAACGCCUCGCCAGGAAAGGACUCGGUGGGGGAUACAACCAUGGAGGACGCAACGCAGGACCAGGGCGCGCAGGGCACCAAGCGUGCUUUGGAGGAGGACGAAGAGUACGACUAG